GAAAACCUGCGAAAAUCUCGUCUUCGUCGCGGUUUGGGGGGGUUAUCUUUUCCGUAAACCAAGUUGGCUCAUAACUUGAACCCCAUUGGAGUGAAAAGUAGAAGAGACCCAGUUCGAGUUAUUUGUACUGAAAAGGUUUUUAAACAAAACCGUUGGAAAUGAGCAACAACGAAUGUUUUAAAUGUGGACGCACUGGACACUGGGCUCGCGAGUGUCCUAGUGGAGGAGGAAGCAGUCGUGGUCGUGGAGGAAGGAGUCGCAAUCGGGGAGGCUAUGUUGCAGGCAGAGAAAUUUGUUAUCGCUGUGGGGAAGCAGGUCAUGUUGCCAAGGACUGUGAGCUUCAUGAGGACGGUGGGUACAUGCAAUUUGAAGCCUGCUACAAUUGUGGCAAAGGUGGUCAUAUUGCCAAGGAUUGCAAAGAGCCCAAGAGAGAGAGGGAGCAACUGUGCUACAACUGUGGCAAACCUGGACAUCUGGCUCGUGACUGCGAUCAUGCCGAUGAGCAGAAGUGCUACUCUUGUGGGGAGUUUGGGCAUAUCCAAAAAGACUGCACUAAAGUGAAGUGCUACAGGUGUGGAGAAACUGGACAUGUUGCUAUCAACUGCAGCAAAACAAGUGAAGUGAACUGCUACCGUUGUGGAGAGUCCGGACACCUGGCAAGAGAAUGCACCAUCGAGGCUACAGCUUAAUCCUUUUCCUUUGUCGCCCCUCCUUUUUCUGAUUGAUGGUUGUAUUAUUUUCUCUGAAUCCUCUUCACUGGCCCAAGGUUGGCAGAUAGAGGCUAGUCCCAGGCCAGUGAGCUUUACUUGACAUGUAAAAGGAGGAAAGGGGUGGAAAAAAUCGACUUUCUGCAUUUAAUACAAAAAAAUGUUUAUGUUUAGUUUGGUAGAGGUGUAAUGUAUAAUGCUUUGUUAAAGAACCCCCUUUCCAUGCCACUGGUGUAUAGGGAUUAAUGAAUGGGAAGAGAUGUGCAGAUUUAACCCUCUUGGGUUCUUGGAAGUAAUCCUGAGUGAGAGGAAACAAAUACUAUUGGAAGUAAGACUUCCUCAGAAUUAAUUUUUACUCAAGAAAAAGAAGCUGGCCUAGGAAUGUUUAACCUGUGAAGUGUUUCACAACAUAAGUUAUAUCCGUGUCAGGCCCUAUCGGCAGUAUACAGCUUAAGUGGGAGUUAACUGAAAAUUAAGUUAUAUGAAGAACCUCUAACUGUGGGAAGAAAAUAUCGGGAGUAGUUUGUUUUGUAAAUGCCAGCUGCUUGCGGCAACAGUGCUGAGGUUGAAGAUAGAAAUUAGGCCAAGGUUUCGGUCACAAUUUUUCAAAGUAGAUUAGUGUAAACCCAGAGCAGAAGACAAACUUCAAGAACAAGAAAAAGCAGAGUCUGAAGUUAUGAGUAAGAAGAAUGUUUUCACAGAAAUCAAAAUGUUAUUUUUGUACAAUAUUAUCACUUAGACUACUGUAAAAAAUAUCAUUUGCUUGUACUCAGUUUUUAAGUCGGAAGGUAAAUGCAACUGAAGUCCUAGAAAAUAGAAAUGUAAUUUUAAACUAUCAAUAAAGCUGGAGGAGGAAGGGGAGAAAGACUU